AUGCCGGACCAUUGGACUAAGUGGAAAUUGAACAAAAAGGAGGAGAAAGAAGUAGAGGAACACGAGAAGACGGUUUACGAUGGCAGCAUUGCUAUGGGGAACACCGUUGAGGAUGCCCAGAAAGCUGCGCGCGAGGCCAAACUGGCCAAGACCAAGGCCAUGAAGGAGCAGAAAAUGGCCCGAGCGGCCGCCAAGAAAUCUGGAACAGUUACCACUGUUGCCACUACUGCUGGGACCUACAUUGACAAGGACAGCCUGCCACCGGAGGCCAACACCAGCUACUACGAGAAGCCUAUGGACAGCAUGAAUGUCAUCCUAGCCAACCACAACUUCUGUGACAUCCAAACUGCAGAGGCGCUACCCAUUGUUGAUGGAGCUAAGACUUCAGGGGUGCAGGAACCCUUCAACGGCAAGGCAUGCGAGAUAGCCUUGCGCAAGGAGGGCACAUACCGCUGCGGGAUCAACCUUCUUUGGAUUGACCCGUUUGCAUCUAUCACACCUGCAGUCCCCCUAGACCAUUCCCGCGUCGUGGAGCUGGGGCAGUUCGCCUAUCCUGAUGGAAAAACUCCGAGACACCUCCAGGAGAACUUUCAUGUAGCCACCGAUGCUGCGGAUGUGGACCUUUUGGGGAAGCGUGGAAAGUGGCGAGGAAUCAGUCCUGAAGAGAUGCAGCACAGUCUCAUCUUUGCUUUGGCCAAGUGCAUUGAGGACAAGGAUUGCUUGUAUGUCUAUGACAAAAUGUUGUCCGACCCAGACUGCAAUCAAGUCCUUGAUCGCUUAGAAGCAUUGUUUGGCCUGGGUUCACCUUUAAAUUCGCUGAGCAAGCUUCGGGUCGUCAUUGAGAAGAGCGAGAACCUCGAGACAAGGCAAUGGGUCCUGCAGGUGCUCUGCGACAUGAUCGAAAAUGGGCAGCUGGACAAGGAUACCAUUAGCAAAGGAUAUUUGCAAGGGAGUGGCACCAGCGCAUCGCUAGUUGAACUGCUGAAGUUGAAGCGAAGCACUGUACAGCACUUUUUGCAGGUGGAACUGCCAAGGAACCAGUUCGACACGGAGGAUCCGAAGAUGAUCUAUGAGAAGAUCAUGACAGUGAAGAACUACAGGAAGUAUGUGAAUCCGAGCAAGACAACGGACAGCUCUAUCCUUGCAGAGGUUCAGUGGAUGUCUUCUUUGAAAGGCUCAAGCUUGCUGGUGCUACGGCUGAUGGAGGACGACAUUGACCUUCUCUACAGCGUGACUUUGAAUGGACCGCUGGUUGUGCUCUUGAAGAAGGGCAAAGGUGUGAGCCCGCUCGAACUUCUCGACAUUGAGACGUUCAAUGUCCGGUGGCAGCCCUGCUUGGCUGCCAAGAACAACGAGCUGGCGGCGGAGAAGGCAUUGUACCAACAGGAUGGCAAAAAUGCCAAAGAAGAUGUUUGCACCCAGAUCGCCGAGGGAAGCUUGGCGCCACAGCCAUCCAAGUACCCAAAAGGAUCUCGUGA